AUGGACGUUGACAAUGCUCCUAUCUCAUGGCCCGACGAACCCACAGUACCAUUUGGGCAGCGCCAUGGCACUGAAGCUCCGAGCAUGCCUUUCACCAACAUUCCCGCCGCUGACUAUGCUGUCAUGACCAAUGCGGCAGACGCCUGCAAACAGGCACAUCAACGCAGUCGCACCCGCGCCGAACUCGAAAGACCGCGUACCGAGUCUCCCAUCCCGAUCCCACUACAGCUUGCUCAGCCAACAAACCCAAUAAUGCGUGAACGGGGUUCAGCAAGUUCAGCUUCGACGGCUCGCUCGUCCUACGAAACUCCGAACACUGGUCGGUCCUCUGCCACAUCUAUGGACCCAGAGGACACGGCUUUGGCUUCCCAGUCAGUCAUGUCAGAGCCAGCUCAAGAACGCACGGUACCAGUGCAACUAGCAUACAUGUGUCCCAAGUGCAACAUGGGCCAUGGCCGCGAGACACAUGUCUACACCACGGCCCAAAGGAAGAAGAGGAAGAUCGACGAGACUCGUGAUACUAGGAUGGAGACACCUGCCCUCAAUCAUGACCACGACACCAUAUACACACCUCGCCCACAUUUGGAGUUUGAGAUAUUCGAAUCGCAGUGGAAGAGCUCAGCACCCCUGAGGAAGCACAUAAUGGCAAUCCAUAUCUACGACUUUCAACGUAGCAACUCUUCCGAGUUCGUGUGCUGCUAUUGUACCUGUGGCUAUGUGUCGGAACGCAGCUCCACUUGCUCUGCAAGGUUUCAGACUGCUGAGGAAAUGGCGAACCAUAUCUGCACUCGUCAUGCAGGAGGACCACGACGACUGUCCAAGUUCCAACACCACUGCGCCCCAAUCUCGGACACUUCCUACCCAGAAUAUGUACGCGACCAGAUUCCCCACGGCCACUAG